AGAGCAGCCAAGAGCCAGCAAUUAGUUCCUUCGACUUGUCAUUGGACUUCGGUGGCGGCAGUCUGUUUUUUUUUUCUUUUUCUUUUUUGGGCGGUGCCGUGUACAGGAGGCCCGGGCAAUUGUACUUGAUUUCCCGCCCAACAGCCGCGCGCGCCGAAGUGCGGCGACAUCUCUCGCGCCGUGGAUUCUGUAGUAAACUAGUGGAAUACUCCCCACUUGCGGUGCGAACGAACACCCAAAGCGCCUCAAAUGCUUCUACUGUUUGCGGGUCAAACACAUCGGGUGGGCCGUUCGUCACGUGA